GAAAAGUGAAAUGGAUCACACUGCCAACAACAAUGCGGUUGUACAGAGUGCUAGGAAGGAGAAAAAUGAAAAAACUAAUGAGCCUGAUGGUGCAGAAGUUUUACAGGUUAGGAACACUGAUGAUGAGGUGGUGCCAGACAAUCAUAAAGAGAAUUUGAACAAGAAUAAUAAUAACAAUUAUGUAGCAGUCUCAUCUCUGAAUAAUUGCAGGCAGAAGACAGCUACUUUAGAAUUCCCUAAUCUGUUACCACUGUCAAGAAAAGCAAACUACACAGCAAAUGAGUAUCAAAUUGAAAACUUAGCAAAUGCACCUAGAAUCUCAGAGUUACUUGGUAUAUUUGAAUCUGAAAAGACUUACUCAAGGAAUGUACUGGCUAUGGCUCUCAAUAAACAGACUAACAGAGCCCCUACCCAGUCUGCCCCCAAAUCUGGCCUCAGUGGUGGGUUAGUAGUAAAGGCUAAAAGUUCAAUAGCCUCUUCUGAUACAAACAUUUUAAACAUCAAAGGAAACCACUCAAACAACAAAAGUCUACACUUCUUCUUUUCUAACACUGUGAAAAUCGCUGCUUUUUCCAAGAAGAAUGAGAACAUUUUUGAGCAGGAUUUAAUAGGUUCCGUAGAUAAAAUGAAAACGAUGCCAUGUUUGUACUUGGGAGAGUUUGAGAAGGGCAUCAAACACUGGCACGAGGAAACAAUCAGCGCCGCCCACAUCAACAGGAACACCAUUUUUCACGCUCUGAGAAAUGACUGUGCCGCUAAGCCCAUGUUUCCCAGAGUGGAGGUCCAGUCUGAGCAGCUCACCGUGGAAGAGCAAAUUAAAAGGAACAGGUGCUACAGUGAUACCGAGUGAAACAGCUCUGGCUACUUGCGGUCCACACUCAGGCACUGAGACAUAGCAAUGUCCUGAAAUUAGACUUUUUGGGAUUUUGAUAACCUUUUGUUGAACUUGUAAAUGUCAUGUUCAGAAAUCUCCUGUCUGCCACAGUGGGAUAUUCAUUGUAUGACACUAUAUAAUGCUUUAUGUAAUUGGUUGGAAUCUACUUUUAUUCUGAACAGAAUGAAGAGAUGAAACAAUUUGACUAUAUUUUCUGUGAAAUGGCACUCACAUAUAUCACUCUGUCUUUCAACAUGCCAGAUAACAUCACUGGUAUGAUUCUAUGCUGCUGGUAUUUAUCAUAAUACUUACACUUUCUCUAUAAUUUCUGAGAAAAUAAAAUUAAAUUACCUGGGGUACAUACCAAAAAAA